GUGUCCGACUAGAAACAURUUCAAGCUAAAACUUUAAAUUCUCCUUUCUUUGAGCUCACAUUUAUUUGUUGGUUAAAAAAUGUCGACGGACUUGUUGCAGUGGUGUGUGGACCAGUUACACCAUAAAUUUGGCUUAGAGGCAUGUGAGGACAUCGUAAAGUAUAUUCUAUCCAUUGAAAAACCUGAAGAGAUUGAGGAGUACGUGGGAGACCUCCUGCAGGGCACUGAUGGGAGAAAGGGGCAGUUUAUAGAUGAGCUCCUCUGCAGAUGGAAGAAAACCCAAAGACAGGCCACAGAUACAGCAAAUCUUGUCCUUCUCAGGGACUCCGUGUCACCCAUCGACUUCACCAAAGAUACCCAGAAGAAGUCUAAACGUAAAGGGCGUAACAAACAGGAGGUGAUGACUGUGAGCCGAACUGAGCCUGAACCUGAGGUGGUUAAAACUCCAAUCGAUCUGAUGAGGGCUCAGGAGAUUGGUAGUAGUUCUUCAGGAAAGAAGAAAACCAAGUUUGUCAAUCUCUAUGCCCAAGAGGGCCAGGACAAGCUGGCGGUUUUGCUGCCAGGUCGACACAGCUGCGAGUGCCUCGCCCAAAAACACAAACUUAUCAACAAUUGCGUGAGCUGUGGCCGUAUUGUUUGUGAGCAAGAGGGCUCAGGGCCCUGCCUCUUCUGUGGAAGCCUGGUUUGCACACGAGAGGAGCAGGAGAUUCUGCAACGAGACUCCAAUAAAAGCCAGAAACUCAGAAAAAAGCUGAUGGGAGAUUGUGGAGAAAGAGAGCUUCUUCCACACCAAGAAGCUAAGAUUAAAGCYGGCUUGGAUAAAGCUAUUCAGCACAAAGAGAAACUGCUGGAGUUUGACAAGAACAGUGUCAGGAGAACGCAGGUUCUGGACGAUGAGUCCGAUUACUUUGCCACCGAAUCCAAUCAGUGGCUGUCCCCCGGUGAGCGGGAGAAGCUGAGGAAAAAGGAAGAAGAGCUCAGAGAACUUCGCCACGCCUCCCGCAAGGACAGGAAGAUCACUCUGGACUUUGCUGGAAGACAAGUGUUUGAAGAGGAAAACAACUUGACCGAGUACUACAGCAAGUUGGAUGAGACACUCAGAGCUAUGAACAGUGGCUCAACGUCACAAUCAGCUAAAUAUUCUGGAAGAAAAAAUGAAAAACAGAACCUUGGCGGCUUGGUCAACCCAAACAUCCCUCAAUCUGCACCAGAGUUGGUGGACCCUGAAGGCAGCGAGUACCACAGGCGACCCAAGAAUGUGAGAACAGCUGCAGUGGAGCAGAAAGGAGGAGGAGAACGCCACCAGCUGCGGCUGCAGGACAAGGAGCUGCAGGAAAGCUCUGAUGGAGGCUGGUGCCUCAGCAUGCAUCAGCCAUGGGCCUCACUGCUGGUCAAAGGCAUCAAGAGGGUUGAAGGACGGACGUGGUCCACAUCGCACCGAGGCCGACUUUGGAUCGCUGCUGCAGCCAAGAAACCCACUCCUCAGGAGAUCGCUGAGGUGGAAGCCUUAUACCGCCACAUCUACAGGAAAGAGCCAAAGUUUCCAAAAGACUAUCCCACUGGAUGCCUGCUGGGUUGUGUAAACGUGACUGACUGUCUCGCUCAGGAGCAGUUUAAAGAACAGUUCCCCAAUACCUGUGAGGAGUCUGGCUCUCCAUUUGUCUUCAUCUGCACCAACCCCCAGGAGCUGUUGGUGAAAUUCCCCAUGAAAGGGAAGCAUAAGAUCUGGAAGCUGGAGAGUCACUAUCACCAGGGUGCCAAGAAGGGGCUGCUCCCGUCAGCUGCAGACUGACACUGGAGGAACACGGCAAACUGUCCUUUCUCCAACUGGUUUCAGGCUGUAGUAACAGUGUUUGCCCAGUCUUUGGGUUUAAUUAACAACAGUUUGCACAAGAAAUACUGGUUAAAGUUCGUCAAUGCAAAGAUUAACAUUCUAGUAAAAAUCUGUUCAGACAAAUGUCCACUGUUCUUUGACUCUGUUUACACAAAUAAAAGGUUUUAAGCUGC